GGUCUUUCCGGUCUCUCAGUAUGUAAAAGAUUUCGCACUGCCUCGGCCCAAAAUACGUCGUCGCGAUGGCAUCCACCACUGAGCUGGUUCUCUACCCCCCUUCAUCACGUCUGGCACGCCAAUGAAGCCAGCCGAUCUUAGGCGCCUAUUUAUUUGUCUGACAUCCAUUAUAUCAGCAUCUGCAAUCCCUAUAUUUAACUCUGCACUGCACCUCCAAUCAAAUGUGAGCAGCCUCGAGACAACGAUGACAGUACAACUGGACGACGGACCAAAAAAUGAGGGCAUAAAACAGAUGAACUCGGAUCCGACAGGCAGUCGGUGGUAUUACAUCGCAGCAAACUGGACACUGAAGAACAGCAACGACAAUCAGACGACCCGUGCAAUUCUCAUCACCAACACCAACGGUCGUCCUCUACAUGAGAGCGAAAUCUAUUUCUUCCAAGAGCGCCCUUGAAAUGGAUCACGAAGAUGGAGGAGACCGUUGGUGGACCGUUCUGCCCGACGUCUCUAAGAAUCCCGAGAAACCCCCCAUAUCCCAGAUAAUCUCAGAUUCGAAGGAUCAGAAUGAUUGUGUGAAUUCCGUCAAGCAGUGUCUUCUGCUUGCUGGUAACGCACUUACCCAAGGCCCUUGGUUGUGCG